AUGCUUCGUGAUAUGUUUGUGCGGCGAAAAGCCAUUUUACAAUUGGCCUUCGCGUUGAUUGCGAUAAUUAUAGUAAUAAUUAACGCAAACAAACUUCUGAUCGCAUAUCACGUGAAUCGCUGCGAAUGGCCGGCCAGUGAUGAGCCCAUGAAUGCCACAAAAGUGAUGUUUUUGUCUGAUCUUCACUUACGGGUGGAUAAUAUGGAUACUAUUUUUGACAAUAAAUACCACGAAUGGAAAAUACCUCAAUAUGUGUUCAUUUUGGGCGAUGUGUUUGACAGCGGGAACACUGUUUCGGACACACAAUUCACAGCACUUGUCAAUAAAUUUCAUCAACAAUUUCCCACACAAAAGAGUGGCUCAAACACCGACUCGAUGCCAAUCGUAUACAUAAUUAACGGCAAUCACGACAUAGGCUUUCAUCCAUUCAUGACAUCCAAUAGUAAAUCACGUUUUGACCGCACAUUUCAUACCUCUUCGGCAAAACUCAUACAAAUAAAUGGCAUUAAUUUCGUUACAAUUAAUAGCGUAACAAUGGAGGGAGACUUUUGUCAACUUUGUUCACAAGCCGUACAACAAUUGCACACAAUUGGCCAACAAUUGAGUCAAAACAGAGUCGACAAAAGCGGACCAAUAGUUUUGACACAUUAUCCACUCUAUAGAAAGGAUGAGAGUCUCUGUGGUUAUGAUUUGGAUUCCAUACCUGAAGACCAGAAAUACACACCAAAUCGGCCCAAAUGGGACUGUUUGUCGGCCAAUGCAACGCAAUUCAUACUCAAAACAUUGAGACCUCGAUUGAUAGUCAACGGACACACACACUAUGGAUGUGUUAUACAACACACCGAUAGUCUCUACGAAUGGACUGUCGGCUCAUUUAACUGCAGGAAUACAUUAAAUCCGAGUGUAUUGUUGGCCACCAUAUCAUCCGAUAAAUACUCAAUCAAUAACAAUAUGAUCGUACAGUUAUGCGCGCAUACAGUAAUGGCCCGAUACUCGGGUACUUACCGGACCCUUGCCGUGCGGUUUGGUUUACAGUUGCCGGUGAGAGUUAUUGGUAGAGCUUGUAUGAGGUGUAUUGUACUGGCCGGCACUGUACUGGACUGUACUAAUGAAUAA